CUCCUUCUUCCCUUCCUCCUUUCCCUUCACACCUCCGAUUUCUCGCGCCCUCGUCUCGCGCCCAACCUUCCAGAAGCCUCUGGAACCUAGGGUUUCGAGCCCCGAUCCCGCGAAAGAUGCUUUCUUGCGCAUAGUAGCCUCGCGGGCUCAGGGACGGAGGUCAUGGACGGCGGUGGCGGCGGCGACGGGGAUGGGGCCUCGAGCGGCGGGAGGUUCCCCAUUCUACAGGCGAACCGGGACCCCGAAUCGAACUGGGAGGUGGACGUCGCUAAGAGACUCGAGGAGUACCUACUCAAGAUCUGCUCCGGCGAGGUCACGGGCGAGGACGGGGCCCACUCUGUCAACUUCGCCGAAGCGGCCCUAUUACUCCAGGGAUCAGUUCAAGUGUACAGUAGGAAGGUGGAGUACUUGUACUCAUUGGUGCUUCAUGCAUUGGAAUUCCUCUCGCAAAAGAAGCGGGAUCAGCAGGAAAAUGGCUCAGCCCAUGCUAACGAAAAUGACCCCAGCACGAUAUCCAAUGAAGAAGAAGAUGUAUUUAUGGGGUUUGAUGAUGUCCCAGUGGAAGCAAGGAUCUCUCUGGAUAACAAUGUCAAUCGAGGUGAUUUACAAAGAAAAAAUGUGAGGCCACCAGCAAAUCUGCUGGUGUUCGAAGGAGAUUGUUUGGAUAGCGAAGCGAGUGAGCUAGACUCGUAUUUGUUGGCAACAUGUGAUUUUUACGGAGAUUUCCUUCUGCUGGAUCCGUGUGAUGCACCAGCUGUUUUUGAAUUUCUGCAAGGAAAAUGUUCUGGCAAAGAAAAUAAUGUGGCUCAUCAAGGCAGCCCAGCGCCUUCUAAAAACCGACCCAGUAUGUUCACUCCCCCAAUUGGAAGAUCAGGGGGCACAGGUCGUAAAUUGACCCCUGGAAAAGUCCAAGAAGAUCUAGAUCCAACUCAGGAGUGUCCUGGCGAAUCAAAUGAAAAUAAAACUGAAGAUAAUACCAAUGCAGGCGGCUACGGAUGGUCUGAUCCUGUUGACCAUGGCUUUCCAGGUGAUUACAUACCACCUGACCCAUAUGAUUUAGAGGAUCCUAUUGAUCCUGUUGGGGAGGAUUCUGAUGAUGAGGAUCCAUGGAAGCCUUUGAAUCCCCAUGAACCUGGCAACCUGAAGAUUAGACCUUACAGGAGAGUUAAAGGCUCUGCACGGCAGGUUAUCGGCACCGCAAAAAACAAAACUCUCACAUCUUUAUUUCCUAUGGCAAAGAUGGAUGGUGUCAUUAUACCUGAACAUGCAAUGCCUUUUGAAGCACAACAAUCACAGCAGGAGGAAAUUCAUCCUUCCCAAUCACCCCCUCCAUAUGAAAAGCUUAUGAGGUCAUUUGAAUAUGGAGAGCAAGGAAGUCCUGAUGUGUUUGGAGAUUCAAACUAUGACACUGUACCCGAUAUUGGUGUUGGUUUUGAUGAUCCCGAUGAUUCAGAUAGUCCAAUAUGCGGUGACAUUGGUGUUGCUAUUGAGAGUCCAACAUGUCCUUCUGAGAGAAAGGAAGAGCCUCCUAACGGGACUCAGGAAAACAUGGAUACACAUGAAAGCCUAGAUGAUUUGUGUCGGUCUCAUCUGAAUGCUCUCCUUGCCAGCAUAGCUGAGGUUGAACAGCAGAGUGAGAUGGAUGCUCGAGUUUCGACGUGGAAAGAAAGAAUUGAGCAUGCCUUGGAAGAGCAGGAUAAAAAUCCACCUUUUGAUAUCGGUACAUACGGAGAGCAAAUCCUUGACACGCUUUCAUCAAGUAGAGACAAUACGGGGAUUGCAUCUUUUAGUGAGAUUGUUAGUGGCCGACCUAAGUAUGAGGUUGCACGAACAUUCUCUGCCCUGCUCCAGCUGGUGAAUGGCAGAAGUGUUGAUCUGGACAAAGGACAAGCCACGAAUGAGCUAGUGUGUUACACAGCCAAGAAUCCAUUCCAUGUAAAGCUCAUUGGUCCCAACCGGAGGCCAGAAAUGGAAGCACGCUUUGCACGGAAGAGAGGGAAGUCCCUACUGCAAAAUCCUGGUCAAAGUGGUGAGUCCUCCCUGGCGCAACGGGAGUCCCCGAAGAAACCAUCGCAUAAAAAAGGCAAGAUUCCAGUCAAGGCAGCUAUCAAGCUGACUCCUGAUGGCAAGCGAAGGCGAAAGUCAGCUGCUCACCUAAUGCAGCCGAUCAGUCUGGAAACCAGCAGAUGAAUGGACUGAUUCGUGGCACUCAGAGUGUGAUUUCUUCUAAUUGUUGUAACCUCAGUGGCAGGGUGGGCUGUAACCUCCUGUAAGUUAUGACUUAUAGGCCUAGGUAGCGGGUGUACAUGUCUAUUAGUUCGUUGUGCUGUUAUGUAGGUACGCUAUCAGCCCCAAGUGUAAUGUUAACAGGUCAAGAUUUGUUGAAGGACUUGCCCUUUUAUACCGGGAGGACAUUGUCAAGUGAUUCAUUCUGAUUCAAUAAGCUAGCAUUUUGCCGAGUCUGUUAGGUAA